GGAGUGAGCCAUAGUAUAGUCUGUUGUUUCAAUCUAGCCACCAGUCAAAAUGGCGGUAAUCUUGUUGCUCCUGGUCCUCUUCACCUCAGCACUGGGCGCUAGCAGUCUCCACAGAGGACAAAGAGCGGCUGAUGACGGGUUCCUCAUGGUCAACACCAGCUACGGCACUCUCAGGGGAAAGGUGGAUUCUACACCUUCAGUUCCUGUGGCCAAGUUCUUGGGCGUUCCUUUUGCUAAACCUCCAACAGGACCGCUACGCUUCAAAGCUCCGGUGAAAUCAGAUUCCUGGGAUGGUGUCAGAGAUGCUCUUACAUUUGGGGACGAGUGCUUACAGGGAGAUAACCCUAAUUUCCCUUUCCGAGGAGGAAACACGCGUCCACCUAGAAGUGAGGACUGUUUGUUCCUAAACGUGUACUCACCCACACAGAGAAAUGGCCAGGCCUUGCUGCCUGUGAUGGUGUGGAUCCAUGGUGGGGCGUACUUGAUGGGGUCGGGUUCUGCAUACGACGUCACGACUCUAGCGACUAAAGGAGUCCUUGUGGUGACAAUUAACUACAGACUGAAUAUUUUUGGGUUCUUGUCAACGGGUGACGACACAAUGCCAGGGAACUACGGAAUGAUGGAUCAAAUUGCUGCUCUCAAGUGGGUAAGGGACAACAUUGCUUCUUUCGGAGGGGAUCCGAAUUUGGUAACCAUUUUUGGGGAAAGCGCUGGCUCAGCGAGUGUCUCUCUCCUCACUCUAUCUCCCCUAGCCAAAGGUCUGUUCCAGAGAGCGGUCAUGGAAAGUGGUGUUUCUCUUUCUCCUUGGGCAGUGGAGUUCCCAGGAAAUCGAGUGUCGUCUCGUAUGGCAGCCAGACUGGCGAGUCAGGCCGUCCAGUGUGACGACUUGAAUAAUUCAACAGCGCUUUUGUCCUGCCUACAACAAGCCGAUGCAGUUAAGUUGCUAAACGCUUCCACCACCCUUGCAAAUGUUUUACAAGUAGGACUGGUACUAUGGAAUCCUAGAGUAGAAACAACAUUUGGCUUCCUCCCAGAGUCACCAUCUACACUACUUUCUAGAGGACAAAUUAACCACGUAGACACUCUCAGGGGCUUUAAUAGUGAUGAAUUUGGAAUAUUUACUCCUAUAUUCUCAAGGAAACCGCCCGUGCAAAUCACAGCGGAAGUGGCAAAGCAAGUUAUUGGUGCGCAAGUGGCUCAGUUUAACCAACUAAACCAAGGAAAGCUUCUUGGAUUAUUGGUGUCAACGUAUCUGGCAGAUACAUCAAGCAGUGAAGUCCUACAGAGAGAAGCUCUUGAUGCUGCGGAUAAUACUACGUUUGUGGGUUCAAUAAUGAUAGAAAUGAACUAUGUUGCACGCAGUGUCUCGGAUAAGAAACAUUACUUGUACCAGUUCAACCACAGAGCAAGUUUCAGCCACGCUCCAACAUGGAUGUCAGCUAUACACGGAGAUGAGAUGUUUUUCGUGUUUGAUGUUCAACAGAAAAAGUUCACCGACUUAGGCAAUGGUCCACCUGAUGCUAACGACAUUCUGGUAUCUCAACAGAUGAUGGAAAUGUGGACCAACUUUGCCAAGACAGGGAACCCAACGUCAACAGUGCCCACUGGUGGAGUGACGUGGAGUCAGUACAUUAGCCCUACUGCACCACACUAUCUUCUCAUCAAUUCUGUUUCUGAGUUAAAACUCUGGUCACAGAACAAUGUCGUUGAUGUGUACCGCAAAGUUCUCGAGACUCUAGAGGGAAGUAGCCCAGCCCCAGCUGACCCCAUUGUUCCCAUCUUUGGGUAAAAGACGAAAAGUUCUAGAGACUGUCAAGGUAAUCAGCACACCCCAGUGUGCCCUAUUAUCGGGUAAAGGACGUAAACUGUUGGAUACAUAAUUAGUCUACAUGUGUCUGUGUUUUGCAAUGAAAACAUCUGCAGUAUUGAGUUGUUUCAUGGUUUUUGUAGCAUAAUCACUGUUCCCACGUUCCUAACGUAUGCCAAGCAAGUCCUUACUUUGUGUCUGUCCCUCGUUUUUUCUGCACAAUGUCUGCGAGUUUCAUUACGUUUCUUGUUUGUUGUUUUUUUAUCUACAUUAUUCAAUAAGUUCCUUCAACAUUAAUAACUUGGCAUUGGCCGAACAGUUUUGAGAGUGAUAGCAUACAUUUAAACUUAACCUUGUUCACUUUAGUAGGAAUUGUUAUUCAAAAAGAAAGAGCAAACUUUUGGAGGCUUGUGUUCAAACUGUCUCCACAUCUCAUGAUGAUAUCAACGAAGCUGGUAAACAAUUAUAGAAGUCGAUGUCAAUGUGUCU